CGUCGGAACGUUAUUCGUGAUACACCAGCUCUGCCACUUUAAUUACUUUUCUCGCUGUCUCCGCUCUUUUGUUGGUUAAAAAAAACACAAUUUUCCUUUCUGUAAAUUUCUACCUCAACUGCAGUGAUGGCGGGUAACUUUUGGCAGAGUUCUCAUUAUCUGCAGUGGGUCUUGGACAAACAGGACCUCAUAAAGGAGCGCCAGAAAGACCUGAAGUUUCUCUCGGAGGAGGAGUACUGGAAGCUUCAGAUUUUCUUUGCAAAUGUUAUCCAAGCUCUGGGCGAACAUCUGAAGCUGCGCCAGCAGGUCAUUGCUACUGCGACUGUGUACUUUAAGCGCUUCUACGCCCGGUAUUCUCUGAAGAGUAUAGAUCCGGUGCUCAUGGCUCCCACUUGUGUGUUCCUGGCCUCUAAAGUUGAGGAAUUUGGAGUCGUGUCCAACACCAGAUUGAUCUCAGCCGCCACCUCUGUAUUAAAAACAAGAUUUUCUUAUGCCUUUCCAAAGGAGUUUCCUUACAGAAUGAAUCAUAUUCUAGAAUGUGAGUUUUACCUUUUGGAGCUAAUGGACUGCUGCCUGAUUGUGUACCACCCCUACAGACCUCUGCUGCAGUAUGUGCAGGACAUGGGGCAGGAGGACAUGCUGCUGCCCUUAGCAUGGCGAAUAGUGAACGACACGUACAGGACAGAUCUGUGUCUGCUCUACCCUCCCUUCAUGAUAGCUUUAGCUUGCCUACAUGUGGCCUGUGUGGUGCAGCAGAAAGAUGCCAGGCAGUGGUUUGCAGAGCUCUCUGUGGACAUGGACAAAAUCCUGGAGAUCAUCCGCGUCAUCCUGAAGCUCUACGAUCAGUGGAAGAAUUUUGACGACAGGAAAGAGAUCGCUGCUGUUCUAAACAAGAUGCCCAAACCUAAACCGCCUCCUACCAGUGACGGUGAUCAGAACUCCAAUGGGAACCAAGGCAACUCUUACAGCCAGUCUUAGCUGACAAUCUCCAUCUUGAUGGAAACGUUUAGACUUUGGGACGAGUGGGAAAUUCGUAAACACAGCACAACCCUUUUUUAGUGUCAGAUGAACGCAGCUGCUCUUUUUAACAUCGACGGACAAACUCCAGAGAAGCUGGAUCUGCUUUCCCCAAACAAGCACCUACAGAAAUGCCUGCAGUAACGGCAGAUUUGUGACCCAGCAGCAUCGUUUCGACACUCUGACUUGAAAUGAACUAAAACUGAAGGAACUGAAAUGAUCCUGACGUCCUUGAACUGCCCAGAGGAGCGAAUCAUUUCACAAGAAGCUCCGAGGGAUUUGUUAAAACUUGAUCACAAGUGGAGUGAAUGUGUGAGUUGCAGGUGAGACGCGGGCCUGUGUGAGUUUUCCUUCCUCAGGGAUUUCAGUAAUCUUGUAAAAUCAGAGGAUCUUUGUGCUGUUGCUGUGGAUUUGAUCGGAAAUCCUUGUGAUGCAAGUCGGCCCUGUGGAAAGGGUCUGUGCUGCUUUACUGAAGCACUAUGAGAGAAAGAAGCCCAAACCAGACCCCUCUUCAUGAUACUUCUUUAACUCUUUUUUUUUUUUCUUAAUUCUUAAUGUAAAUAGCUUUAUUCUAUUUUUCUGCUCAACCUGAGCAAAAUUCCGCCUGUUUUUAUGGUUAAAAUAAGUGUCCUGUUUAAUAACUGUUUACCUUUUAGGUUUUUUAACUUUUUUUUCCCUUUUUAUGUUUGACACAGAUUAAAUGGCCAGCUUGUGAUGUUUGUGUGUUUGCUUGUCCCUGUUUUUGUGAAGUGAUCCUGUAAGAGCUGCGUGAGCACUGCCAUCAAGACAACAUGCUGAAAAGCCCUAAGAAAUAAAAGCUGCUGAAAAGAUCCUCAGAAACGGCACACUGUCCCCAUCUAGGUCAGUUAUAACGUGUUUAGGAUUAUUUUAAAUCAGGUUAGAUCAAUAUAGGUGGUGGAAACAACAAAAAUAUGUACUUGGAGGAGAAAAAAAUAUUUUUCUCUGUACAAUGCAGAGAAAAAUGUACAAUGGACCUGAUUCAUUUACGGAAAGUCUUGUGCUGCAUUAAAUGGCUUUUCAUUUAGGAAUUUUGCCCCGUUAUUCUGAUUUAUUUGACAAAAAAUUUGUAUCUAACCGAAUCAUUCGUGUUUGUGUUUAAAAUUAUUUGGAUUUAUUACUACAAAACUGUUUUUAUGCACAUUAAAAGGCCCAUCUGCUUUUA